AUGGUGAUCGCUCAUGAGCCGGAGGUCACCAAGUCUAGGCCCGAGGAUAUAAAAGCGAUACAGUACAAGACAACCAUCUACAGACCUGGCAAACUAACACCGGCGGGUGAGCGGAUGGCGAUACCGUACCAUAUCCAUGAGUACGAUGCAAGAACAAGCCGUGGAAAGUGGACGAUGCUGAAUGGCAAUCGCAAGACGGAACCUACUUCCUGGGAUCACAUCGGACCUAAUCACCUGCACACCGGAGAUCUAAAGCAUCUUGGAAGCUGGAAGCCGGAGGGAUUGAAGAAUCACAAUCCAAAAGUCUCCCUGUUCUACACCCAUAUGAACAGGCCGGGCUACACGGCCAAGACCGAAGUCCUCUUUUCGAAUCUGGAGAGCACGACCAAGACGCUGCCGACAGGCGCAGAGAGGAAAGAACUAAGGAGACAGGCGGACUCGAAGAAAUCGCCCGAGGAGAAGAGGCAGGCUGCUAAUGCUCGUCGGCCCCCCAAAUAUCCCGUCAAGCCAUAG